AGGGGGCGGGCCGCUGCGAGGAAGAUGACGGCGUGGGCGGGGUCGAGGCCCUUAGCAACGUGUCGCCGCCACAGCCUCACCUCCACCUCCAUCCCCGCCAUCGCCCACAACUCCUCUCACCGCCGCCGACUCGGCCACUCUCCCUCUCCUCAACCCCGGCAGAUGUGGCACGAAUGGCUGCAACUCUGCUUCUCUUUAUCGCUUCUUAUUUCACCAGCAAGUUGGCAAACAAUUGUGGGAACUGUCUUACUUCAGGUAGCCUGGAAACUAGGAUGGGUGGAGCUGAGAAGCAGCUUUCUCUGGUCCGCCAAGAUUUCCUGGUUGCCUGGUGUCUUGUUAUUUGUUGGCAGUAUUUAUGCUGGUUCCCGGGCAUUAUCUAAACUGCCGAUUCCAUUCUUCCUCCUGCUGCAGACUGCAUCUGAUGUUGCUGGUAACAUUACCCUGAAAAUCGUCACAAAAGAGAAGCUGUCCUGCACUAAAAUCAGCAGCACGCUGAUGAUUUUCGCGGCUUCUGCUACGUUGAUGUUGACCAUCAUUGAGUCUGAAUCAGACGGCGUCUACUGGGGAGUGUUACACGUUGCAUGUGCGGGUGGAUACAAAGUAUUUCAGAAGUUAAAACCCUGUUCACUCAGUGAUCUUGAGCAACAGUAUUUAAGCUACCUGUGCAGCGUGGUGAUAUUGAUAUGUGCUGCUUAUCCCUCAGGUGACGCAUUUGAUGUCUUGGCGUUUCCAUUCCUCUAUUCUUACCACUUCCACUGGGGCUGUUGUGCAAGUGGAAUUUUGGGGAUAAUCCUACAUUUGGUUUCUGUAAAGUUGAAGACGUGUGUGUCGACAGUGCGUUAUGGGGCAUGGACACUGGUGACAAAGGUUUUGGCCGCGUGUUUGUCACUUGCCGUCUUUGAGACUCUAUUGAACACACGUACAAGUUGCUGUCUCAUGUUGGGUGUGUUUGGAGAAGCCCUUCUUGUCUAUACCUCAGUGAGUGAACCACAAGCAAACGGAUGAAGACCUCCCCAGGAUAUUUGCCAAAUGGCUUCUCAUCUGGAAGUAUUUUCCUCACUCAUCGCCAAUCGUGACAGGAACAGGAAACAGUGGCGCAGGUGACAAUCUUCAGCGGGAAGGUGUGUUCCUCCUUCCCACGUGUACAAACGGACAAUUAACUGGUGCAAAAUCACAUGGAUUACGAUUUUGCUUCACGUUCUUUGGGCACCAGGACUUUUGACUUUGUUUCGUAUGGAAGCUAGACUAGGGCCUGCAGCCCACAAUGUCUGUGCCAAACAUGACACUAAGACCAACUCAAACCUGCCUACAGGUGAUCCAUGUCCCUCCAUUCGCAGCAGAUCCGUGCAAGAAAACACAGAGAGGAAGACUGCAGAGUUGUGCUUCUGACGGCAAUCUGGUGUGAGCUACUUUGAGCUUUACCGCCUCAUGCUGGGGACUGGAUUGCUGCAAUCAAUGAAAUGAAGGGCUCACCUCUGGGUGCCCAGUCCUAAGGUCAUAACUGAUAGCAGCAGAAUUAGGCCAUUUGGCCCAUUAAGCCUAUUCCACCAUUCAAUCAUGGCUGAAUUAUCUCUCCCUCAGAACCCCAUUGGACAAUAGAUAAUAGGUGCAGGAGUAGGCCAUUCGGCCCUUCGAGCCAGCACCGCCAUUCAAUGCAAUCAUGGCUGAUCAUCCCCAAUCAGUACCCCGUUCCUGCCUUAUCCCCAUAUCCCCUGACUCCGCUAUCUUUAAGAGCCCUAUCUAGCUCUCUCUUGAAAGUAUCCAGAGAACCUGCCUCCACCGCCCUCUGAGGCAGAGAAUUCCACAGACUCACAACUCUCUGUGCGAAAAAGUGUUUCCUCUUCUCUGUUCUAAAUGGCUUACCCCUUAUUCUUAAAUGUUCCUGUCUCCUUUCUCCUGUCUUCACCCCAUGACCUCUGACACCCGUACUAAUCAAGAAUCUAUCUAUCUCCGCCUAAAAAAAUAUCCAUUAACUUGUGGCCUCCACAGCCUCUGUGGCAAAGAAUUCCACAGAUUCACCACCCUCUGAUUAAAGAAAUUCCUCCUCAUCUGCUUCCUUUAAUUCUGAGGCUGUGACCUCUAGUCCUAGACUCCCCCGCUAGUGGAAACAUCCUCUCCACGUCCACUCUAUCCAGGCCUUGCACUAUUCUAGUGAAUAUUUCACAUUUAAUAUUUUUACUCUUCAGUCUGGCCACAGGGCCCCGGAGAAAAAGAAUAUCCUGAACAAUGGAGAAGAACCAACAGAGAUCAUGGAAACAGAUUGUGUAUUUUUCCCCAGAUUAUAAAGGUGAACAUGGUUUUUAAUCGACUGUAAUGAGGACAUCUUGUUGAUGCAGGAGCAGAGAUGUUGGCACGCAGUUGUCGUUCAAUGAAAUGUAUGGUUUUAAAUUUCAGAUGCUUCAUGACGUAUAAAAUAUUAACCUGCUUUUCCCACAUAACUGUCUGCCAGCCAAGUUUAGUUCAUGCAUUUCUCAUCAAUACUGGGGGUUUUUUCAGUGAACAGGUGACAUGUGAUUUUCAUAAAUAUUGGAACAGUUAAAUAACACGAAGGUGGACACACAAAAUUGGAGUAACUCAGCGGGACAGGCAGCAUCUCUGGAGAGAAAGAAUGGGUGAUGUUUCGGGUCGAGACCCUUCUUCACACCCGGGUCUCAUAGAAACAUAGACAAUAGGUGCAGGAGUAGGCCAUUCGGCCCUUCGAGUCUGCACCGCUAUUCAAUAUGAUCAUGGCUGAUCAUCCAACUGUCUCGACCCAGGCAGUGAAGAAAGCGAAUGGCAUGUGGCCUUUAUAACAAGAGGAGCUGAGUAGAGGAGCAAAGAGGUCCUUGUGCAGUUGUGCAGGGUCCUAGUGAGACCACAUCUGGAGUAUUGUGUGCAGUUUUGGUCCCCUAAUUUGAGGAAGGACAUUCUUGCUAUUGAGGGAGUGCAGCGUAGGUUUACAAGGUUAAUUCCCGGGAUGGCGGGACUGUCAUAUGCUGAGAGAAUGGAGCGGCUGGGCUUGUAUACUCGGGAGUUUAGGAUGAGAGUGGAUCUUAUUGAAACAUAUAAGAUUAUUAAGGGUUUGGACACGCUAGAGGCAGGAAACAGGUUCCUGAUGUUGGGGGAGUCCAGAACCAGGGGCCACAGUUUAAGAAUAAGUGGUAAGCCAUUUAGAACGGAGACGAGGAAACAGUUUUUCUCACAGAGAGUUGUGAGUCUGUAAAAUUCUCUGCCUCAAAGGGCAGUGGAGGCAGGUUCUCUGGAUACUUUCAAGAGAGAGCUAGAUAGGACAGGGGAUAUGUCCGGAGAUGCUGCCUGACCCGCUGAGUUACUCCGGACAGUCAGGGGAUAUGGGGAGAAGGCAGGAACGGGGUACUGAUUGGGGAUGAUCAGCCAUGAUCACAUUGAAUGGCGGUGCUGGCUCAAAGGGCCGAAUGGCCGACUCCUGCACCUAUUGUCUAUUGAAAUGUCACCUAUUCCUUCUCUCCAGAGAUGCUGCCUGUCCUGCUGAGUUACUCCAGCAUUUUGUGUCCAGCAUCUGCAGUUCUUUCCUACAAGUUAAAUAACAUGAGUAGGAAAGAACUGCAAAUGCUGGUUUAUUCCGAAGAUAGACACAGAGUGCUGGAGUAACUCAGCGGGUCAGGCAGCAUCUGUGGAGAACAUGGAUAGGUGACGUUUCACAGAGUGCUGGAGUAACUCAGCGGGUCAGGCAGCAACUGUGGAGAACAUGGAUAGGUGGCGUUUCACAGAGUGCUGGAGUAACUCAGCGGGUCAGGCAGCAUCUGUGGAGAACAUGGAUAGGUGACGUUUCACAGAGUGCUGGAGUAACUCAGCGGGUCAGGCAGCAUCUGUGGAGAACAUGGAUAGGUGACGUUUCACAGAGUGCUGGAGUAACUCAGCGGGUCAGGCAGCAUCUGUGGAGAACAUGGAUAGGUGACGUUUCACAGAGUGCUGGAGUAACUCAGCGGGUCAGGCAGCAUCUGUGGAGAACAUGGAUAGGUGACGUUUCACAGAGUGCUGGAGUAACUCAGCGGGUGAGGCAGCAUCUGUGGAGAACAUGGAUAGGUGACGUUUCACAGAGUGCUGGAGUAACUCAGCGGGUCAGGCAGCAUCUGUGGAGAACAUGGAUAGGUGGCGUUUCACAGAGUGCUGGAGUAACUCAGCGGGUCAGGCAGCAUCUGUGGAGAACAUGGAUAGGUGGCGUUUCACAGAGUGCUGGAGUAACUCAGCGGGUAAGGCAGCAUCUCCGGACAAAACCCUUCUUCAGACUGCCGAUUCAGCGCAGAGGUAGAAUUGCUGCCUCACAGCGCCAGAGACCCGUACUCGAUCCUGACCAAGGGUGCCGUUUCCACUGAGUUUGCAUGUUCUCCCUGUGACCUGCGUGGGUUUUCUCCAGGAUCUCUGGUUUCCUCCCACACACCAAAGACGACCAGGUUUGUAAGUCAUACUCAUAGAGUGAUACUGUGUGGAAACAGGCCCUUCAGCGCAACUCGCCCACACCGGCCAACGUGUCCCAGCUACACUAGUCCCACCUGCCUGCGCUUGGCAAUAUCCCUCCAAACCUGUCCUAUCCAUGUCCCUGUCUAACUGUUUCUUAAACGUUGGGAUAGUCCCAGCCUCCACUACCUCCUCUGGCAGCUUGUUCCAUGCACCCACCACCCUCUGUGUGAAAAAGUUACCUCUUGGAUUCCUAUUAAAUCUUUUCCCCUUCACCAUGAACCUAUGUCCUCUGGGCCUCGAUUCUCUUACUCUGGGCAAGAGACUCUGUGCAUCUACCCGAUCUAUUCCUCUCAUGAUUUUGUAUUCCUCUAUAAGAUCUCCCCUCAUCCUCCUGCGCUCCAUG